AAGCGCUGCACUGCAGUGAACAAACAUCUCUCAAUGAAUACUUCCCGGUUAUUCUAGCAUACAUUUAUUUGCAUUGAAAACACCCCCAAUAAGCAAUGGCUAAUACGUAAAAAUUAAUAUUAUUUCAUUACGGGAAAGGUUUUUUUGGCGCGUAAAAAUUUGUGGUUGUUAAUCUCAGUAAAAUAACAGCUGUUUAUACGGUAAAUGUAUACUAAUAUGACUGACGCGCAAUUUCCUGUUAAUAAAUACCUGAUGAUUGCUAUGGACUAUAGGAGCUGACUGAAAAAAUGAGACUGAAACGAAGAAGAAGAGCUCAAGUGAGUGGAUGGAGGGUGAUGCGAAGAUGUGUUAUAUUUUUUACUGCAAUAUGUGUGAUACCGGUUUUAUUAGUACUGAUGGUAGCAACUGAUCGUUAUCUACAACCAGUAAGGCAUCAAACACAAUAUAUGCACCGCCAGGUAAGUGAAGUUGGAAAAAUACAAGCCGGAUCGCUUACAAAUAAAAAUAUGUCGCUAAUCUCUAAACGCCUUGAAAAUCGAAAAAGACAUAUGAAAAUCAUGUGCAAAUUAUUGGGACUAGAUCGACCAGGAAAUGAUUCAUUACACAGGCCUAAUUCUUGGGAAUUUUUAGUAGACAAUAAGCACCACCUUAUCUGGUGCAAUGUGUUUAAGGCUGCCAGCACUUCUUGGAUGUAUAAUUUUAACAUACUGGCUGGAUAUAGCCCAAAGUUUUUAAAAAAGAGCAAAUUAGUACCUAUGACGUUGGCCAGACAGAAGUAUCCUCGUCCAUCACUUGAGGAUCUUCGAAAGGCUUUUAACACUUCCAUAUCGUUUUUAGUAGCUCGGCACCCUUUAGAAAGACUUCUUUCGGCUUACCGAGACAAGCUUCAGUAUGCGUUGCCUCACACGCACCACAAGAAACUAGGAAACGAGAUUAUCAUGAAGUAUAGAUAUAAAAAAAACAAAAAAUUAUCUCCAACUCAAAGAUCACCGACAUUUUCGGAAUUUGUGGAGUAUUUGGUAGACUCGGUUAAAAAUAGAGAACAAUUGGACAUGCAUUGGGCACCCAUUGUAGAAUUUUGCACUCCCUGCAUGUUUAAUUUUCAAGUGAUAGCGCACGUAGAAACGCUACAAGAAGACCAAAUGUAUUUAAUUAAAAUAGCAAAACUAGAACAUCUUAUUCAACCGGAAUGGAAAAAUGCUGGAAGAGGAGCUACCCAAAAUCAAAUCGGUAGAUAUUAUUCAGAACUGACAAGGUCUCAAAUAUUUCAACUUUACCAUAUCUACAGGUAUGAUUUUGAAUUAUUUAACUACUCCUUACAUGGAUAUCUGGAGUAUGGCAUACCGGAUAAUGAUCCAUCUUCACUGCUGGCCGCCAUUAGUAUGAAAGAUUUUCAACAAAACGAUUUACCUAAAGUAUAUUAAAACAACAAGUUUUAAAGAUCCGUCUCAAGCUUGAUCAAUUUUAACAAAAUUGUGAU